UUUUUUUUUUUUUCCUUUAAUGUCAGUAAAAGAAAACGAUCCAUCAAUUCCUAAUAAAUUCUUACAAGUAUAUGGAGAUGCAGAUAAUCGGAUCUACGAUGAAAGUGCAGAAGAUCCUUUUCCAGCGUAUAUUGAUGAUGUUGAUACUUCAUUAGCACCAUUUUGUCCAACUUCUGCAAAAAGAGUUUUGAAAGCUUUAAACAUGGUCAAAAUAGGAUCGCACGAUGUAUUGAUUGAUUUAGGUUCAGGGGAUGGUCGAUUUGUGACAGCAGCAGUUUCUGAAUUUGGAGCAUCAAAAGCAGUAGGUAUUGAAUCCGAUGAAAAACUUGUAGAGACGUCAAAAACAUUAUCAAAACAAAUAUUGUUACCGGAUGAAGAAAAUAAAGUUUCUUUCAUCUUGGGAGACUUGUUGGAUUUACCUAAAAUAGUUCAUGACAUAAACUGGACAGUCAUUAUCGUAUUUCUGCUACCAGAUCAUACUGAUAAAUUUGCAGAUUUUUUACUAAAACAUUAUCGAAAUGGAGCUCGUAUAGUUAGUCUAGUUUUCAAUUUAAAUGAAAUAUCAGAAUUAAAUUUAAUAGCUUCAGAUGAGCCAGAUGGAAUCUAUGUAUAUGGUCAAUAAAAAAAAAGAAUAGAAGAGAAGAGAAGAAAAGAGAAGAGAAGAGAAUAGAAUUAUAUUACAUAAUUAUUUAAUAAAAGAAAACACACAAUUAAGAAUAAAAUCAAAGAAUCAGACAAAAACAUUUAUAAGUCUGAUGCACAUAAGAAUUUGUAUAAAAUAUCAAGAGUUUGUUU